AUGGGUGCUAAUCUGUGUGAUGGACUUAUAAUGGCCGAUAAUGGUCUUGUCUUCGAUAAAAAUUCUCAAAAUUAUGAGUUCGCAGGAAGUUUAACCAAUCAGCAUUGUCCUAAACAAAACUGUGAUAAUGAUGACAACAAAAUUAGUUCUGCUUUUAUAGCAUUUCUAGUUUACUUUAAGGAUUUUGGUAAUAUUAAAAAUUUAGACAGUGAAAAACUUGCUGAAUACGCUAUUUUAUGGUUAGGUCACAAACUGAAUCAAAAAACACAAAAUGGAACCACCACAUUAAACGAUUUUUAUAAUAAUCAUAUAAAAACAAAUAGUAAAUAUGAUGAUAAAACAAUUGGUGAUAGUUAUAAUAAGAUUAAUAACGAUAUAAAACAAAAAAUAAAAUCGAUGGAUAUUGGUAUUGAAGAUAUAUCUAAUUUUUAUGAAGUAAUUAAAUUAUUAUGUAUGAUGGAUGGUAAAUUUGAUAAAAAAGAACCCCAAUGCAAUACAUGUUUAGAAAAUGCUGAAGAAUUUUAUGAAAAAUAUGAAAAACUUAUAAAUGCUUUAGAUAUUAAUAAAGGAAGUUCUUAUUCUCAACUAUUGUAUAGUUUAUCAAAUGAUUAUAAAAAUUUUGAAAAAAAAUAUAAUGUUAAAUGUAAGAAUGCCUCACCACUUUCAGCUUGUCCACGAAGUUCAGUAACAAAAAGUCCAGUGACAGAAUGUCCAGUGACAAAUAGUCCAAUGACAAAUAGUCCAGUGACAGAAUGCCCAGUGACAAAAAGUAUACUAAUUCCAAUUGCAAUUAUAUUUGUUGUAGCAUCAUUUUUUUUUGGAAUUUCUUAUAAGUAUUCGUUAUUUGGAUUUCGGAAACGAGGUCAAAAACAACAUUUAAGAGAAAAGCUAAAAAAAUAA